GGAAAUUUUAAAAAAAUAUCUUGCACUGAGUGAUAUGAUUUUUGAGUGUUUUACCUACAAAAUUAAAAUAAUUUAUCUUAAUUAAAUGUUAAAAUUUACAUAAUCUAAACAAGGUUUGCAGUUUUACAUUGGGCAUGGAUAACCGUGCGUUUAAUUAUUGUAUUUUAGUGGGAGUGACCUCUGAAUCUGUUGUUAUUGACUGUCAAAUAAUCUAAAAUGACAUGAUUAUUGCGCAUUUGAUGGUAUAUAAAUAUUUAUUCACUUCGUUACGAUCACGCCAACAAUGUAUUGAAGGGUUAAAUGUCCACGCUGAACAAUAUUCAAAUGGCCAACAACUCAUCUUCAUUUAUAAAAGUGAAACAAGAAUUUCAAUACGAUACGAAGGCAUAUUGUAGGUUCUGCGCGGAGCUCGGUAACAGAAACGACUUGGUGGACCUCACUCUCGACGAGGAGACCUACACAGAGUUUCUAAAGAUUCUGGCUUUCCUCAAAAUCGACUAUGUCGACUUCUCGAGCACAGAUGACCUGCCAAAAACUAUUUGUGAGCCUUGCUCUACAGCUUUGAAUGACGCGUUUUUCUUCCUCAAGAAGGUAAAGCGGUCUCAGUCGUACCUCAAGUCCUUCUACAGCAAAGCAAUGAGAACUAAGAAGGAAACUGAGGAAGCAACCUCGGCACGAAGCAAAGACGAACAGGCUCCGAAUACUUCAAACAGUCAAAGCAUAAAUGCCGCGAAUAGUAUUGCCAACCUACCCUUGCAGGGUGAAAUGGAUGAGAGUUCUACUUCGGUGCAAGAGGGUGUUGUUAUGCCGAUAGUUGAAUUUCAGUGCGAAAGUUCUGAUUCGUCUAGUGAUAGUGAAGCUCUUAUCAAAUAUGAAACGGGCUAUAAGCUGAAGCCGAAGAAGAGGCCUGUUAGACGUAAAGUCAGCACAGUGUACAGAAAACCAAGGACGAGAAAGACAGUUGAGAAGAGAACAAAGGUUAUGAAAGGAUCUUGGAAUCUGUACAAAUGGAUUUGUAUUCAUUGCAGUGUGAAAUGUGAUACGAUGUAUGAAUUAAGAAAUCACAGCAAGGAAAUGCAUAACAUCUGCUACGGUUUCAAGUGCGUUGACUGUGAGGAUGAUUUCAACACGUUUAACUCUUUCAUCGAGCAUGUGCGGAGGCAUCGUAUGAACUUGAGAUUCUACUGUCAAUAUUGUAACGAGCGUUUCGACACUCACACGGCUUGCUUCGACCAUACCGCUAUGCAUUGGGAGGGCACCCAGAAAGUGUGCGAUCGUUGCGGAGAAGUUUUACCCGAUCAGGCGUCUUUGGAGCGCCACAGGCGUGCUUACAAGAGGAAGGUUAUCGCAAGACACUCCCGCAGGAAAGGCAUAGUGAUAAUACAGGAGUACAAUGAUAAGUAUGGCGAGCCGGACGUGCUAAGGUCGUGGAUUGAUUACGAAUGGACUUGUUUGCAGUGCUGUGCCCGGCAGCCAGAUCUGGAAUCGCUUAGGCGGCAUUCUCAGCAGGUUCACAACAAAUGCUUCUCCAUGAAAUGCGUGGACUGCUUGCUGGUCAGAACUUGCUAUAGCAGCUUCGUGUCGCAUGUCCGACGCCAUCGGCCUCUCCUACAAAAGUUCUGUCAAUUCUGCAACAUGUAUUUCAAAGAGCCCGUACUGAUGGCAGACCACAUGAAGACUCACUCGGACAGCUCUAUACCUCCCUGCGAUGGCUGCGGCCAAAUGUUCGAAUCUAUAGAACAGCAGAAAGAGCACGUGAAACGCUACGACCCUCCCCGCAAAUCCUCAUCGCUGACCAAAGAAGAUUUGACCUGCGAAAUAUGCGACAAAGAGUUCACCACCAAAGCCACCCUUCGGAAUCACAAAGAGAUCCACGACGUGAACCGAGAGAAGAGAUACACGUGUGAACUCUGCAGCAAGUCCUUCUUCGACAACACAAACUUGAGGAAUCACCUCAAAUUGCACAGUAAGAAGACGGAAGAGUGUCACAUAUGCAACAGAAAGUUUCACGCUAAACCGUAUCUCAAGAACCAUUUGAAAACACACACCAACGUGAAGCCAUUCGCUUGUCCGGAAUGCGGGAAGCACUUCAGGUUGAAAAGGCAACUUCAGAACCAUAUGCUGACGCAUACAGACAUUAAACCUUACAAAUGCCUCGUUUGCGGCAAAGAGUUCAGAGUGGCGACACAAUUGAAAGUGCACGAGGUUCAGCAUACAGGCAUAAUGCCUUACUCGUGCAAAUUCUGCGAAAGGAAGUUUGGGAAUUGGUCCAAUUGCAAUAAACACAUGAUAAGGAAGCACGGUACGCCAUUAGCGAAGACCAAAAUGACUGCUUACGGAAGAAUUUCUAUAGAAGCUGUAACUCCCAACUUGAGCGGGUUGGAUAUGAACACCCAAGCCCAUAGUUCGGAGAUGAGAAUGGAUCAAAUGAGAUUGGAGCAAACUGAUCUUAGGUUGGGACCUGAUACGAGACUCGUUUCCGACAAUAUGAGGUUGAAUAACGAUAUGCGCAUGAAUAACAUUAAUGAUACGAGGUUGAAUAUUAAUGAUACGAGAUUGAACAUGAAUGAUACGAGGUUGAAUAUGAAUGAUACGAGGUUGAAUAUUAAUGAUACGAGAUUGAACAUUAAUGAUACGAGGUUGAACAUUAAUGAUACGAGGUUGGCUAAUGAUACAAGGUUGGUUAAUGAUACAAGGCUGGCUAAUGAUAUGAGACUGCCUACGGAUAUGAGAUUGGCUACGGACAUGAGGUUGGCUACGGAUAUGAGAAUCGGAUCCGAUAUGAGACUCGAUAUGAGUAAAUACAGCUAAAUCGUUGGUAAUGUUUGCUUGUAAAAUUUUCAACUUUCUGUUGGUCGAAUGAAAGUAAUUUAAAUACAGAGAAGAAAGCAGGUCCAAAUAUUUUUAUUUACAACUAGUGGCCCGCCCUCGCUUCGCUUCGGUGUAGAGUUGUAGUUUUUGUUCUCAGGCUUGUAUUGUACACAAUGAAUUUAUUUAUAUCAUUAUAAUGACCUUUCAUGAAAAACUUUUCUUGCUAUAAACAGAUGUAAAAAAUGUCAUAAAAUCAGUCUUUUUUUUCUAUAUAUUAUAUCGAUAUCAUUUUAUCGAUACAAAUAUUAUGUAUUAUAAGAUAAUUAUGUAUGUUGUAAAGUUCAUCGCAAACACCUGUGCAUUUUACUUAACUUUUAUGCUUGAUAAAAUUUUGCACAUACAUUAAGAGUAUUUUGUAAUUUAAAAAUUAUCUCGAGUUUAAGAAUACUUUUAUAAGAAAAAAUAGUAAAUAUAAAUGUAGCCUAGUUUGCUAGGAUGCUUUAUUUCUUAUCUAUGUAUAUCUUAUAUGUAUAUAUAUGGUACGGCUGGACAAAAAAAAUGGUGUGGUUAUAUGAAACCAGCGAUGCAUAUGAUUUUUUUUAAAGUGUGUUGUAUGUUUUCAAAUAUACUAAAUUCAUGAUAAAAUAUGUUUCUUUCUAUGAUUCGAUUCUUCUACUAUAUUGUUUAUCCCAUUUUUUAGGAUUGUGUUCAUUGGCCCAAAAUGAAACAUCUCCUCCUAAGAGAUAUAAAAGAGAUAAUGCGGGCCAUGAACAUGCCUUAUUUAGUUGAUUUUAUUUUGGCAUAUUAAAAGUGGGAAACAGGUCCCGAUCUAGAAAUUUUGCCGCUCCGGGCAAACAUUUUUGCCGCCCUGGGCAAACAUUUUUGGCGCCCUGGGCAAAUAUUUUUGCCGCCCUUAAGUGACGUACUAUACGGCUGACCCUAAGUCAAUUUUGCCGCUAAUAAUUUUUGCCGCUCUGCAAAUGCCCGGAUCCUUUGGAUUUUGGAUCUGGCCCUAAUGGAAAAUAAAAAAGUAUUUCCAUGACUGGGAAUCGAAUCCGGGCCGCCCGGGUGGCAGGUGAGCUUUCUACCACUGAACCAGCAAUGCUUGUGGUCAAGGUCUAUUUUUUUUAAUAACUAUAAAAAUUGUAAUGCGAAAUACUAAAGAUUUUGUGAAACGAAAAAUUUUGUGGCAAUGAUAUAUAAGUUUCAUAGUUAUGAUUUUUUUUUUUUUAAGCAUUUAACUGCUAGAUAUUUAAAUCUAAAGAAAAAUUUACUA